GCUCCCGAGUGGCGCAGCGGUCCAGGGCACUGCAUCUCAGUGCUCGAGGCGUCACAACAUACCCUGGUUCGAUUCCAGGCUGUAUCACAACCGACCGGCUGGGAGUCCCAUAGGGUGGCACACAAUUGGCCCAGCGUCGUCCGUUAUAGGGUAUGCCCGUGGUAGACCGUCAUUGUAAAUAAGACUUUGUUCUUAACUGACUUGCCUGGUUAAAUAAAAUAAAUACUUUAAACGUUAAUAUGCUAGUUAGCCAGCUGAUGUUUUUGGUGCUACUGUUACUGCGAAAGAUACCCAUGUUGUCUGGAAGCUAACGUUACUUGUAGCGGCAGGUAGCCUAGUGGUUAGAGCGUUGACCGGGUCAAAAUCUGUCGUUCUGCCACUGAGCAAGGCAGUUAACCCACUGUUCCCCGGUAGGCCGUUAUUGUAAAUAGAAAAUGAGUUUAACUGAAUUGCCUAGUUAAAUAAAAUACAUAUUUUACAUUCCAAUGGCUAUAUAUAUUACUUACUUGUAAACAGUGUUUCAGCUGUCAGAUCAUUAAAUUUGACACGGGUCACUGUUCAGGUAGACUAUUUAGCAUGUUCUUCGUUUGCUUAGUUAGGUCACCUGCUUUUAUUGCACCUGGAAGGGAAACAUGGUUUACUUGGCCAGGUAGGGAGCUAGAUAGCCAUUGGAAUGUAGAGUUUUGGUGAGCGUUGUGUACAAUAAACUUUAGAAGUGUAAGUAGAUAGACAGAUGUAUUGUGUAAAAUGUGAUAUGCAGGUAGAUCAGCACACUACUGUCGGCUAGCCUACAUAUUGCACACUGUUUCUGCAGGCUGAUAACAGUGUUAAUCUCUCUAGGACAAGGUGAUUUUAAUCAAUAUAUUUGCCUGUAUUCCCCCCCCCCAAAAAAAAUAUACAUUUAAAAAAAUGAAAUGCUUAUGUAAAGCGAAGGUAUAUCAUAAAGAACUGUAAAUGCCAUAAUGAUUUGGACGAGGCUGCCGAAUCGAGACAAAGCGUUGUUCCAGUAUGUGUCCUCAGAGUCCAGGGAGUUUGAGGACAUCUUGACUAUUCUGUCUUCCAGCUACAUAGAAGCCAGCUCCAAUGGGACGUUCACAUACACCAAGCUAAGAAUCGUCCACAGCGAACUGCUGGAGAAGAAUUUUGUAGAGAAAAGGAGGGAGCUGAAGCUGGAUGGGAGGACGGAGAAGGAGCUGGAGGAGACCCACUGUUUCCUGACUGCUGACUCCAUCAAGCUACCAUGGAUCUGUGAGAAUGGACUUCUUGUGGGGCACAGCUGGAUCACCGCUCUGGGAAAUCCAGCUAAGGGUGUUUAUUUGUCUAAAUACUCAGACUUACUGCAGAUCAAUCCUUUUAACCCUGGAGUCAUGGGAGAGAUCAUCAUAUUCAAGGUUAUCAAGGGUAAAGUAAAGAGCAUCUAUGAUAACAUGGCUAAGAAGCUUUUGGAUCCCACACCCAAGUUUGACAGCCAUUCAUCGAAGAAUGCCAGCAUAGUCACAUCUCUCACCUCCUAUAGUGCCUAUGAGCUCACUCAGCAAUACUUCUAUGAGUAUGACGUUGAUGAGCUGAAGGCUCGACCGAGGCAUGUGUGUCCCUAUGCAGUGGUCUCUUUCCAGUUCAAAGGCAAAGAUGCUCCGUUACAAGCCAAGCCCAUGGCUCCCCUAAGGUCAAACAGCCAAACAUCUGUAGGAAGUAAAGGCAGGAGUAAAUACAUAGUGUGGAGUGGAGAGCUUGUGAAUGAGGGUAGAGCAGUGUCCCAGGUCUCCUUCUGCUCCUUCUCUCCCCCCUUCCUGCCUUUCAAACUGCCAGAGAAGCUGGAGCUGGGUCUGGUGAUGAGUAUGGACCAGGUAACUCAGAUGAUCCCCUCGGCUCUGUUCUCCUGGAAUCUGUACGCAGGCAGCCACCAAGUGUUGAAGAGUGGGACACACUGCAGUCUGCUGGAGGUGGUGGAUAAGAGCAAGUCAGGAGACUGUCUGGCAGCAUUGCUUCAAGGCAUGGAGACACAGCGACUGGUUCUUGUCCACAUGUUGGCUGACAAAGGAUUCCUGUUCCUCCUGUCUUCAGUUCAGAUGGCCAUUCCAACUGAAAGAAGAGAUGGGUUGAAAAAAUGCCUUCAAGCGCUAUUUGUUUUUCAGGAGUCCAGGGACGUGGCAAAAUACAGUUCAAAGUGUCCAACUUCCCAGGAGCCUUUACAGACGUCCUCCCGUGACCCCGCCAUGCCCCAGCUGAACAGCUUUGUCCCAGCCCUGCAUCACGCCCUGGUCAAGGUGCGCUGCAACCCGCCCGCUGACCUCUCGGCCGGGGUCGAGCGCCAGGCCAGGGACUACCUCAGUGGACUCCACCAUGGAAAGCGCCGCCACAUCCCCAUGACUGAAUACGACACCAAGCUGGAUGACCGGGGGAAGCUGUUCCCGGCUCCCAAACACCACAAACUCAACAUGGAGGGCUACCUGCGCUCCUACAUCUACAACCCCAACCUCUACACCAUGCCUGUGGUCCAAGCCAAGGAGAUGGUAGAGAGUUACUGCACUGUGCCUGAUGACAACAGCCCUGUAAUAGGCUGGGAGGGCAGUGGAGCCAAGUCAGUGGUAGGGUCAGAGGUAAAUCCUUAUGGUGCCACUGCUGCCCAGUCCCCGGGGUUCCAGGUCAACCACUCUCCCUCUCAGUUUCCCACUGACGCCAAACCUCAGAAGUUGAAGGAGCUGAUUAACCUGAUACUGUGUUGGAGGAACACAGAGGGGGACGUCCGGAAGAAGGGAGUGCCGCAGGGAGGACGAAAGCAGGGGGCAGGUGGGUUGGACCCCCGAGGACUGAAGAGGAAGACUGCAGAGAGGACUCUGAACUACCGGAAGAAGGCCUCACAGGAAAGAGGCAGAAGGGAUAGGAGAACAGCAGCAGCUGCUGAAAAGGGCCAGAGCCCUUCUUGUCUGUCCUCUGUGAUGCUGCAGAGUGUUGGUCUGAGAGACGUGGACCUGAGGAGAGACCGCUCAGAGGCUGCUUUCAAGUUGUCUGAGGGGAGAAGAGGAGGAGGAGGAUGGUCAAGAGAUGGGACAGAGCAGAAUAAAGCUCUGCUGUUUGAUAGGAUGAUCAAGCUGGGCCUGCCGCCCAAUCAGGACAUUGACCUGAGGAAACGACCUUCUGGGGGCCUGCAGGUCAAGGCUGACUUCCUGGAGACAGCAGGGAGCACGAACAGUCUGGAGGGCUUCAGCCCCAGUUCCAAUGGUGAAAUGCCCAGAAGAUCACAGUCCAAAUAUCAGGGGGAAGAACAGAUGCCAUGGGUCCUCAUCCCCAUCACAGGGCUGAAGUCAAACAAGUACUGCCUGAGCGAGAAGGACAACCCUCAGGACCCACGCUUUGUUCCCAAGAUCCCCAUGGCAAACAGAAGCUACCCCCCCUGUGUCCCGGAACGACGGGAAAGAAGCAUCAACUCUACGCUAGAGGAGCUCCCACAGCAUAGCCUCAGUACUUCCCUAGCGGUGUCAGAAGAGCCCUACCCCAGUCCCUGCUCUUGCUACAGUCCCAUGGAGGAUGAGCAGCAAUUAGCUAAAACCUCCUGUGACCCCACAGAAAUAAGCGGCAACCAUAAGACGAGCACAAACCAGAGCUUCUUUCAAAUCCCUGGUGCUCCAGCGAGCACCAGGCUACUAGACAAGUGCCGCAGCCCCUCACCUGAGCCAAAGCCAAAUGGAGAACCAACCUGUACUAUCCCUAACCCUGUGGAGGCUGGGCAGGAACAGGUUGAAGGCAGCACAGGAAAAGUUAUAUCUGGCGUGGUUGCUGAAGAUCCAACCACAAUGGAUGUUGGACAAGAAGAGGGAGAGGAGGUAGAGGAGGAAGAAAAAAAGUUGGAGGAGGACGAUGUGAUUGAAGUGGUAGAUGAAGAGGUGGAGACGGUUAUAAAGCAGACAGAAGAGGUGUCACCACCCUCUCUUGACCUCAGUUCUCCUAAGCAGACUCCCAUCCAAAAUCCUCCCCCCGUCCAGAAGACUCCUCCCGUCCAGAGGCCUGUGCUGAGCAGAGUGAACUGUGUCCUGGACCAGCAGUUCAGCGACUUCUCUACAGAGAUGCAGAUCCUCCUGCUCAGAGAGAGUGUCCACUACAUCUCCCCCCUGAUCUCUAGCCACAGUCCUCCAGGCCAUCCCCCCAUCCUGUCCUUCUCUGAGUAUGUCUCCUUCUACAACUCCUCCCCGCCUAUGCAUGUCUACGUCAGCUCCCUGAGAGACCGCAUGGGCACCGUCAUAGACACACAGGAGCAAUGGAUUCCUAGCAUGGUGGCCACUGACUCUCCCCUGGUAUUUUCGAACAAUAACCACCACCAUGCUAGCCACGUUCAUAGAACUACUUACAACUGCUACCCUUCUUCUCAUGGCCCUGUUUCUCACUCUGUCCCCAGCCCUCACCCUCCGUCCCUGUCUGCCCCUGGUCAUGCUAGUUCAGACUCUUACAAUUCUCUACCGGUGUCUCAUUCUGUCCCCAACUGCCACUCUCCUGCCUCUCCUUCUGGCCCCGGCCUUAACCUUGCUAGUUCAAACACUUACAGUUCUUUAUCAGUUUAUCAGUUUCCCUCAGCUGUGUCUCAGUUUAAUAGUAAUAAUAACAAUAAUGUUAUUAUUCGCUCUUCAUCCUUCCCCGGUCCUGGCACUGCCUCUCCUUUUAUCCCUCCCCUCUACAACAACCCAGCCCAGACAGAGCUGCCUCUAUCUCAGCUGCACUCUAGUCUAGCGCCCCUCCCCAUCCAACCACUGGCACUGGGCAACCAGUGGAUAACAACAGCGCAAACAACAACAGAGAACCCGGACUCAGACUGCCGAGAGCUACUGGGAACGUGCAAGCCAAGUGCUAUGUCAACCAUGACAAAGAACACUGACUUAGAUGCUCGAGGGCUACGGGGAAAGUGUAAGGCACAAACGAGUGCAAUGUUUCAAUCAAAAGACCAUGUCAUAAUUGUUGAUCCUCCGGUUUCAGAAGCCACCAUGGUGGCUCCACAUCACCUCACUCAGAUGAUUGAGAGUUCUUCAGGGGUGGGAGGGCCUUUCCCAAGCUCAGGGCCGGAUCCACCUGCACCCAUCAGUAGUCUGAUUAGCCAGCUGAAACCUGAGCUGUUCAGUAACCUGGUGAAGAUUAUAAAAGAUGUCCAGAAGAACUCUGUCCAGUUCUACAUCCACCAUAUCAAGGAGUACCUCCAGAGAUUGGGGAACAUAGAACACAGUCCUGGGAGUUUCUUGGAAAGAGAGAACCGUUUGGAAAAGUAUGGUUCUCAUGCAGAACAAGGAAAUCACAGCUCACGUUCGUAAGGUACUUGACAACAAUAUCAGUCAUUCCACGAAAUGAGUACCUUUUGUGUCCCUUUGAUAUUUUAAGUAGAAAUUGUGCACCGAUAUUGGAUUUUAAAUUAUGAAGUGCCCUUACUUCAAUACAUUUUUGAAUGAAUAUAGACUUCUACUUUGAAGAAUCUCAAAUAUAAAAUAUGUUGAUUUGUUUAACACAUGAUUCCAUGUGAUAUUUCAUAGUUUUGAUGUCUUCACUAUUAUUCUACAAUGUAGAAAAUAGUAAAAAUAAAGAAAAACCCUGGAAUGAGUAGUUGUCCUAACUUUUGACUGGUACUAUGUAUACAUACAUACAGUGAGGGAAGAAAGUAUUUGAUCCCCUGCUGAUUUUGUACAUUUGCCCACUGACAAAGAAAGCGUCGGUCUAUAAUUUUAAUGGUAGGUUUAUCUGAACAGUGAGAGACAGAAUAACAACAACAAAAAUCCAGAAAAACGCAUGUCAAAUGUUAUAAAUUGAUUUGCAUUUUAAUGAGGGAAAUAAGUAUUUGACCCCUCUGCAAAACAUGACUUAGUACUUGGUAGCAAAACUCUUGUUGGCAGUCAUAGAGGUCAGAUGUUUCUUGUAGUUGGCCACAUCUCAGGGUGGAUUUUGUCCCACUCCUCUUUGCAGAUCUUCUCCAAGUCAUUAAGGUUUCGAGGCUGACGUUUGGCAACUCAAACCUUCAGCUCCCUCCACAGAUUUUCUAUGGGAUUAAGGUCUGGAGACCGGCUAGGCCACUCCAGGACCUUAAUGUGCUUCUUCUUGAGCCACUCCUUUGUUGCCUUGGACGUGUGUUUUGGGUCAUUGCCAUGCUGGAAUACCCAUCCACGACCCAUUUUCAAUGCCCUGGCUGAGGGAAGGAGGUUCUCACCCAAGAUUUUACGGUACAUGGCCCCAUCCAUCGUCUCUUUGAUGCGGUGAAGUUGUCCUGUCCCCUUAGCAGAAAAACACCCCUAAAACAUAAUGUUUCCACCUCCAUGUUUGACGGUGGGGAUUGGGUUCUUGGGGUCAGAGGCAGCAUUCCUCCUCCUCCAAACACGGCGAGUUGAGUUGAUGCCAAAGAGCUCCAUUUGUCUCAUCUGACCACAACACUUUCACCCAGUUAUCCUCUGAAUCAUUCAGAUGUUCAUUGGCAAACUUCCGACGGGCAUGUAUACGUGCUUUCUUGAGCAGGAGGACCUUGCGGGCGCUGCAGGAUUUCAGUUCUUCACGGCGUAGUGUGUUACCAAUUGUUUUCUUGGUGACUAUGGUCCCAGCUGCCUUGAGAUCAUUGACAAGAUCCUCCCGUGUAGUUCUGGGCUGAUUCCUCACCGUUCCCAUGAUCAUUGCUACUCCACGAGGUGAGAUCUUGCAUGGAGCCCCAGGCCGAGGAAGAUUGAUAGUUAUUUUGUGUUUCUUCCAUUGCAAAUAAUCGCACCAACUGUUGUCACCUUCUCACCAAGCUGCUUGGCGAUGGUCUUGUAGCCCAUUCCAGCCUUGUGUAGGUCUACAAUCUUGUCCCUGACAUCCUUGGAGAGCUCUUUGGUCUUGGCCAUGGUGGAGAGUUUGGAAUCUGAUUGAUUAAUUGCUUCUGUGGACAGGUGUCUUUUAUACAGUUAACAAACUGAGAUUAUGAGUACUCCCUUUAAGAGUGUGCUCCUAAUCUCAGCUUGUUACCUGUAUUAAAGACACCUGGGAGCCAGAAAUCUUUCUGAUUGAGAGGGGGUCAAAUACUUAUUUCCCUCAUUAAAAUACAAAUCAAUUAAUAACAUUUUUGACAUGUGUUUUUCUGGAUUUUUUUGUUGUUAUUCUGUCUCUCACCGCUCAAAUAAACCUACCAUUAAAAUUAUAGACUGAUCAUUUAUUUGUCAGUGGGCAAACGUACAAAAUCAGCAGGGGAUCAAAUACCUUUCCCCCUCACUGUAUAUAUUUAUUAAUUUAAUGGCACAUGAGACACCUGUCUGAUUUGCACCUGUCUAAGUGGACUAAUCCAUUGUGUAGGCCACGUGGAUGACACACCUGUAUCACCAGAAGUACAUUUAGCCUACCGUUAAUUCACAUAAUUUCUCAUCUACAAUGUUUGUUUGGUUGUGGUCAUUUCUGUGAAUGCAUUCAAUAUAUUAUUAUUAAGAGUAUAUUACUGUUCUCAUUGUCGGAGUGGACAUGUUGUUAGGGGAGCGCACAAGCUAUGCUACACUUGUGAGAAACAAGUUUUGGUUUAUUUCAUUCCAUUUACGCGUUUUGUCAAUUUUCUUCAUUGUCUUUUUGUUUGAAGCGCUCAUGUCAGUGUUGUGUAUGGACGUGCACCUGAUUAUGCAUAGAAGUAGGCCAAGGCUACCUGGCCUGCGUGCUAAUGUUGGCCAAUAAAUGUGCCCAUUUGGGGAUCUGAUUGUCUGAUAGUACCUGCAAAACAUGAGUCGCAACGUCAACAGUGAAGAGGCAAC